GGUAAUAAAUCCGUAUCUAAGGGCAUUUCUGCUAGAGGCAUUUCUAAUUUUGGUCGCUCUAGACUCUCCACUGUUAUUGUUAACACUUUGAAGGACACUGUCGCUUCCAUUUUCCCCGUUUUCUCAUCUAACAUCGAUUUUCCAUUAUUUCCUAAUUUUCGAUUUUGUGUCUUCCUUUGAUUCCCAAUUCAGCAACCAAGGUUUGUUUUCCUUUUGAAAAUUUUCCGUUUGCGAUGAAGAUCGAGGAAUUGGAAGAUGCAGAGUGUAGUAGGGUUGAAGAAGAGAAUUGUGACAGACAAAUUGUUAGGGUUGACGCAAAAAGAGCGUUGGUUGGAGCAGGUGCACGGAUCCUAUUUUAUCCAACACUUUUGUAUAAUGUGCUUCGUAAUAAGAUGGAAGCUGAGUUCAGAUGGUGGGAUCAAAUUGACGAGUUUUUGUUACUCGGAGCAGUCCCAUUUCCUAAAGACGUUCCUCACUUGAAGAACCUUGGUGUUGGUGGUGUAAUUACUUUGAAUGAACCCUAUGAAACUUUGGUACCUACGUCAUUGUAUCAUGCUCACGGGAUUGAUCAUUUGGUAAUUCCCACAAGGGAUUAUCUCUUUGCUCCCUCAUUUGUGGAUAUCAGCAGGGCUGUGCAGUUCAUUCAUUAUAAUGCAACUUGUGGUAAAACAACUUAUGUUCACUGUAAAGCUGGGAGGGGGAGGAGUACAACAAUUGUGCUUUGUUAUCUGGUUGAAUACAAGAACAUGACACCUGCUGCUGCCCUGGAGUAUGUGCGGUCUCGAAGACCUAGAGUGCUACUAGCACCAUCACAGUGGAAGGCUGUUCAAAACUAUAACAAGCGAAGUUCUUGUCCUUUACCGUACUCUCCAUCUGGGGACACAGUUCUAAUAACCAAAGAUGAUCUUGAAGGCUAUCAUAGCACAUCUGAUACUAGUAUGGAGCUGGCCGUUGUUCCUAAACCCAUGAUAGCAAGAUUAUCUUGCCUGUUUGCAUCCUUGAAAGUAUCUGGUAGUAGUGUACCAAUGACAAGGCGGCUGCCAGUUUCAGAGUCACGUGCUUGCUAAGCCAGCUUGACACUGAUGUGUCAAGCAGGUGGCCUGUACAGUAGAUGAUAAUGGAAAUAAGCGAAUAAUUUCCCACAAAGUCGGUGCAAUUGUGUUACAUGAAGAGAGGGUGCAUAGAAAGAAAGAUAGAGGGAUGAUGUUUACAGGUUAAGAAGGAACAUCAUGUAGUUAUCUUGUACAUAUAUUUGUUUUUUCAUGUUUGUUAAUCCAUGUGUAAUCCUUGUUCAAGUUUAAAGCAUUAUUGGUGUGAAAUCAACAGGAUUUGUCAGGUGGUGAGUAAAUGGUUACUUGUCUUCAUUGAUGCAAUUUCUUUGCAGUUGCCUAA